GGCUCUGAAGUCCAGUGUAUUAUGGGUAAGGACGUCAGGUCCGCCAUAUCGGUCUUUUCUCAGCGGCUAAAGGAGAGAUCUAGGGAGUCAUGAAAGGGAUCCAAACAUUGAAUCAUCUUUCCAGACGAUGCUAUGCAGCCAGGAGGAAUGAUACCCUGACAGAGCCCUAUUCUGGCCUCAAGAAGGCCUCAGUCUCCCUCCCCCCCCAGAAUGUCCAGGUUUCAAAGCUGCCAAAUGGCCUUGUGAUUGCUUCCUUGGAGAACUACUCUCCUGUGUCCAACGUGGGUGUGUUUGUAAAGGCAGGCAGUCGCUAUGAGACAGUGGAGAGCCAAGGGGUCAGCCACGUGCUGCGGUUGGCAGCUAACCUUACUACUAAGGGUGCGUCUGCAUUAAGAAUAUGUCGGGGCGUGGAGGCAGUGGGAGGCAGUCUGAGUGUAACGUCAUCAAGAGAGACCAUGGUAUACUCGGUUGAGUGCUUGAGAGACCACUUAGACUCUGUUAUGGAGUACCUGAUUAAUGUGAUCACAGCCCCAGAGUUCAGGCCAUGGGAGGUGGAAGACCUCACUUCCAGGGUGAAGAUAGACAAGGCCCUGGCCCAGCAGUGCACACAAAUAGGUGUUCUUGAGAAGCUGCAUGAAGCUGCGUACAAGAACGCCCUCUCCAACUCCCUAUACUCUCCCGACUACAUGGUUGGCCGGAUCACUCCGGAAAAGCUGCGGUCCUUCAUUGAGAACAAUUUCACCAGUGCUAGAAUGGCCCUAGUAGGACUAGGGGUAAAACACUCGGUGCUGAGGCAGGUGGGGGAACUGUUUCUUGGUGGACGCAGUGGGGCGGGAGCAACUGGUGCCAAGGCUCACUAUCGUGGAGGCGAGUUGCGAAUGCAGAACGGCGACAGUCUGGUUCAUGCACUGAUCGCCAGCGAGGCUGGCAUUGCAGGAUCAUCGGAGGCCAACACCUUUAGUGUGCUGCAGAGGGUUCUUGGAGCUGGGCCGCAUGUGAAGAGAGGCUCCAACGUCACUAGCAAACUGAGCCAGGGCAUUGCCAAGGCAACCACAAAGCCUUUUGACGCUACAGCCUUCAAUGCCACAUACUCUGACUCUGGCCUGUUUGGAGUCUACACCAUUGCCCAAGCAGACUCUGCCGGAGAGGUGAUCAAGGCCAGUAUUGCCCAGGUGGUGGGCAUAGCCCAGGGAAACCUGUCUGUGGAGGAUGUGAACAGAGCAAAGAACCAGGUGAAAGCAGAGUAUCUGAUGUCCAUGGAGAGUUCUGCAUGUGUGCUGGAGGAGCUGGGGGCUCAGGUCCUGGCCAGCGGGGCCUACCAGGCACCAGAGAACAUCACACAGUGCAUUGACACAGUCACCCACACUGAUGUGGUCAAUGCUGCAAAAAAGUUUGUGGACAGCAAUAAAACCAUGGCAGCCAGUGGACACCUCUUUAACACACCCUUCAUUGAUGAAUUAUGAAAUACGAUUUAACUACAACAACUAAUACACCUUUAUUUAACAUUUGAACCUGGGCAGGUUGUGCUUAGCUGCUUACCGAAGAAAAGAAAGAUGAUCCCCUAACCCAUGUCCUCCCUCUGCAAAUGAUUAUCCUCUGGUAGCAAUCGUUGAAAGGUUGUUCACAAAUAACUGUAAACGGGGAUCUGGAGUAAUAAUAAUAAUGUUUUUCUGUCUUUCACUGUAUAUCUGAGUUCAUAAAAAUAUAUAAGGUUA